AUUCACGACUUGCAUUCAGAUCACUUGUAUCCUUUGGCGGCUUCCUGUUCUUGCUUUGCACUUCAACGUUCUUCAUCACUCCUACAUAAUGCAUCAAUUUCAUCUGCCCAACCCAACAACAGUUGUGUCUCACCAACCUGCUGAUGAAAUCAAGCCUGAACUCACCAAUGUCAAGCUGCCACCUAUUCGCCAGGUCACUCCAGAACAGCGUUUCUACUACAGUUCGAGCGUCACCACCUAUGAGUCCGACAUGUCGAGGCGUCCAUCAGUCUCCUCGAUAGCGUCAUCUGGCUUUCAUCCCUCUCGAUCUGCCUCUCCCACAUUCUCCACUUCCACUCUCGAGCCUCAGUAUGGAGGUGCCAGACCCCUCGAUUGCUUGCGAAUGCAGGCCGGCCAUGUCGAGACGUUCCCUUACACCACACCGAUUCUUGACCCCACAGCUGCUACACCUCACACUGGUGGAAAGGCAAGCAAGAAGAAGCGACACGACCGCAAGCAGUACUCCAAACGAGCGAUUACUGGUACUACUUCCUCGAGGGUUCAAAAGAGCGACAACGAAGCGGGCAACCGCUACUGUCAAGCCCUCGACCAGGCCGAGAUCGCGAUGGUGUGCAGGCAGGGCAACCCCAAUAUCGAGAUCACUGCGGCACCACGACACGGUGGCAAAGUUGGCUGGACUUCACUCAAGAACAACAACAUCAGCUGGGACGUUCAGAAAGAAGAUGGCAUUCAACCGUCUCUUUGGAACAAAGCUGAUGUCAACGGCUCCGGUAUUUUGAUGCUUAGGCAAAGCAACGAACAGAUCGACGAUGAUAUCAACUUUCUUGGACGUCUGGGUGAGCAAGCGCCGUCCAUGUCGAACAAGCAACUCCUGGAGGAAGUGGCCCGAUUUCGACAACACUUGAUCGCUGCGAAGAACACUCGCGGCGAGGCUGGUUGGAAAUCAGCCUCACAGCGCAUGAUCUAUGAAGAACAGUAGACAUCGCGCCGCUUUCAGCCCGACGUUGCAGCUUUUUGUGGAUUUUCAGCGGCAUUGGCG